AUGAUAUAUCAGCUAACUCCCGAAGCUCCAAAGGGUAAGAAGAAUGUAAGAACCAAAGCAGAAUUUAUUGAAAAGAUUCAAAGCUCUACUACUGAAAGAAAAAUGGAGAAAAAGAACAAAGAAAUGGAGUUUCGGGAACGAAAGAAGGAUUCAUCUAAAUAUGAAGAUGGAGAGGCAAAAAAGAUUUUAAGUGGAAAGCACAGAGCAUCUUUAAGCAGUUCUGUAAAGUCUCCAUCUGUUUGUGAGGAUUUUGAGACUUGUAGUGCAGAUGAUUCAAUUAUAUAUCGACGACAUUCAUCUAGUUCCUAUUCCAGCACUUGUAUGAGUCCUAGGCGGCUUAGUGAUGUAGAUUCAGGUGGCACACAAAACACUGCAAGGACUUCACUAAUAGUAGAAAAGGGAAACAAAACUUCAGAUGAUAAUAAAACACAAACAUCAGACACAUUUAUGGCCGAUCCUAUAAAUAUAACUAACAGUGAAAUUAUUAAUAGGGAUGAUUGCUUAACUAUUAAGGAAAAGCUUAACUCAAAAUUAUCCCUUGCCUUAAAUAAACGAUAA